CGAGUCUGUUUACUCGACAGGUCUGCUCGCGCAAUCCAGUGCAGGGCUGGUAGUAGCCAAUAACGACUUCGGAAGCACAAGAUGGCCUCCUCCAAGUUGGCGUACUGCUUCGACUGUUCCAACCUGUUGUAUCCCAAGGUGGAUCGUACGAAUCACGUUCUGCUCUAUGCUUGCAGAAACUGCUCUUACUGGGUCGAAGCUGAAGAGACCAAGGUUUGGAGCAAUGAUCUGAUGAGCGUGCAAAAGGAACAACAGGGAGUGGUGGAUGGUUUGCCUCAGGAUCCCACGUUGCCUAGGACCCACGAGCAUCCUUGCCCUCGAUGCGGUCAUAGCGAAGCUGUGUUCUUUCAAGAUCAGGGCAAGCGUAUCCACAAUCGUAUGAUCCUCUUCUACGUGUGUGCAGAUUGUAACCACACCUUUCACGCUUGAAGUGAAUCAGGUGUGCGAGAAGCAACCUCUUGGAGCACAUCAGUCAUGUGGCGGGGCACCGUCGUGGAGUCGCCUAUCUGGAAACUCGGGUGGAGCAGCU